GUCGCAGAAAAUGUCGUAUUGGCCGCUCUCAGGUUACUCUCUGCUUCUGCAGACUUUUAGUAUUCUGUCGAUUCAUUGAUGUGUUGAACAUAAAUUCGAGAUAUCGAAUGUUUAUAACUGCAUUUGUUCAUUAUAAUAUAAAUGUUGGAAUUAUUUUUUUUUAUCAAAAUCUUGUAUUUGUGAUACAUCGGCCAUUGUAUGAACAGUUAACGUUUAAGUCAAUAAAUUUAUUUAAAUAUAAAAUUAAGUACAAAAUUUGUAGUGAAUAUCCUCGUAUAAUAUAAAGACAUAAAACACAUUAAGUUUUGUUUCUAACAUGAUAUAUCAUAUUCAACCUCUUCCAUAUGUACAAAAUGUCAUUAGCAGAUAGUUUUGCAAGUUGUUAACGUUACAGGAGAUAUAUUAAAUCCAUAUUAAUAUCUACAAUGUCUACAUUGUCAACGAUGGAUGAACGUAUGUUAAAAGGAAUACAGAAGGUGAUACCUAGUUUGAUAAAUACCAAAUACAAAGGCCAAGAUGGUAGAAUUGGAGUCUUUGGUGGCAGUAUUGAAUACACAGGAGCACCAUAUUUUGCGGCAAUGAGUGCACUGAGGACCGGUGCUGAUCUUGUUCAUGUUUUCUGUGCAAAAGAUGCCAGCAUUCCUAUUAAGUCAUUUAGCCCAGAACCGAUAGUUCAUCCAAUAUUGGACCAGCAUGAUCCACUAAAAUAUAUAAUACCUUGGCUGGAUCGUCUGCAUAUUAUUUUAAUUGGACCUGGGCUUGGCAGAGAUGAAAAGACAUUCAAAACAAUUGUUGACUUAAUAUCAACCUGUCGUGACUUGAAAAAACCACUAGUUAUCGAUGCGGAUGGGCUGUUCCUAAUCUGUCAGAAGCCAGAAAUCGUAAAAGACUACCCAGGACUCAUCUUGACACCAAAUGCAAUGGAAUUCAGCCGUUUAGCUAAAGCAGUUUUGGAUAGGAACAUUGCACCAUCCCCUGUAGUCAAAGCUUCUGAUGUGAAACAUGUGGCAGAGACUUUUGGAAAAAAUAUAGUAAUAUUGCAUAAGGGAGCAAAGGAUGUAAUUGUGGAUGGUCACAAAGGUACUGAAACAAUUUCCUGUGGAUUGGCUGGCUCUGGGAGAAGAUGCGGUGGACAGGGAGAUCUCUUGGCUGGUUCCUUGGCCAUUUUUUGGUGGUGGGCUAUCUCUGCAGGAGCAAGCGAAUGCGCUCUGUCACCUGCGAUAGUGGCGUGUUAUGCUGCAUCUAGACUAAUUCGAGAGUGCAAUACGUCAGCAUUUAAAAUGAAGCAACGAGGAAUGUUGGCAUCGGACAUGUUGGAGCAGAUUCAACCAGUCUUUAACAAGAUCUUUGAGACUCAUAGUGCCAAGUAACACAAAAAUGCAUCGUGAACUUUUUCAGUUUUAUUUAUGUUGUUUGUAUAUGGCAUUGUUUUCUUUGAUGGAAAGGAAUAUAUAAUUAUUUAUAUAUGUAAUUGUUUAUAUUAUUAAAGAGAAACAGUUGGGAAUAAUUAUAUAUAAAAAUAGGAUAUCAAUGAUUAUUAUUGCGAUUUUAUUAUGGGUUUUAGAACUUCUUCGUUCAGUGGAAGAGGUCGAAUACGAGCUAUUGUUUCGUGAAGCAUGCACGCAUCCUCGUAAUAUCUAAAAUUUAUCAAUUUAUUUUGCGUUGUGUAAAACUUUGAAAAAUCGUAAAUAAAUAUAUAUUUCUAAUUUUACUUUCAUUCUCUCUUGUAUACACAUGUAAUUUUGUAUGACUAUAAAGAAAUAAAUAUUAUAAAACCA